CAAGUGUUAAUAUUUAGAAAGUUAAAAGCAUAAAAUCUUGCAAAAACAUGGAAAAUUACGAAGUAUCAACCUAUAAAGCUGAAAAAAAUGAACCACGUCAAAAAUCUGUUUACACGUCUCCAUCGAAGAACUCAUUCAAUCCAAAUGCAAAGCCGUUUGAACCAGCUUCGCCCUACAAAGUUUAUAGAUAUCAUAACGACGAUGAUUUGAUGACUGUGGGACCUUCACAUGUUCCUGUGAAUGCCAGGGUUUUUAAAGAAAUUGCAAGUACUCGCCAAAUACCAGUUUUACCGGUAUUUAAGUCUAAUCAAUAUCCUUUGCCAUCAAUAUCAACAAUAAGUGGAGCAUCAAGUGGUUCACUUAGUGAUGCUAUAACUAUUACAAGUAUCCCUCCACCUUUUGAAUAUGAUCGUAAACGAGAUGUUGUUGUAUUCAAGCGUGAAUUUGGACCUGUUGCUACUAACGAAGGCGUUGAAUUGCGUCUUAGGUAUGGAGUUCGUGUUUUCAUAUCUGUUGAAGGAGGAGUGCUUGUUGAAAAUGGUGACAUUAGCAUUUCUGUUUCAUCUAAUAAAUUCUUGUCUUCCUUAAAACAUCCAAUGGGUCGCAUAUCUCAAAUUGGAGAUCGUGCUGAUAUUGUCGCAUAUGAUGGAAUGGAUAAUAAUAACUUUAUUCGAUAUGCAAAGAUUUGGAAGGAUUGCAUCGCUUUAACAGCUAGAGGUUGUGCAUUGACAUAUUUAGUUGAUACAGCUGGCACUCGAACAACUUCUGAGCAAGUGAACCGAGAUUGGUCACAUGAUUACUGCAGAGAGACUUAUUUAGAUGGAAUGAAUUUGCGAAAUAUUUACCAAACAAGCUAUGCUGCAAACCAUUAUCGACACAGAGUUGAUGAUGAAGGAACAGACAUAUUUUACAUCUUCAAUGUUCGCGUAACACAAUCUGAAGAUGGAAUGGUCCGUAUUCAAUCUGAGCCGUUCUCAAUUCGUACAAGCGUUGAAAAUCGGAAUGUAACAUUGAAAACUCCAUUGAUUCAUUGUACCGCAUCAAUGGGUACCUCACCGCAUUUGUUUGUUCGUAUGAAUGAGCGACGUGUUCAUUUUGAUGGAACUAACUUUGUUGCUCGUAAUAUGGGACACUCAAGCAGCUUCGAUGGAGCAAAUAAUUUGCGUAUUCAUUGAUUUUCAACAAAAAAAGGUCGGUGAUAUUUGUUUGAAAAUUAUCGAUGAAAUUUUCUUUUAUUUUUUGUCAGAAAUGCCUUAAUAUUGUUUUGAUAUGCUCCAUUAAUAUUUUUUUUUCGAUACUCUUAAUUUUGAACCUGGCCAUGAUUUGAGCAUUAAUAUUUUUUUGUAACAAGAACAAUUUCAAAUUGAACAAUUU